AUGACUCAGGCAAACCAGUCGAGUGUCUCUGAGUUCUUCCUCCUGGGAUUCUCCAGGCAACCCCAGCAGCAGCGGCUCCUCUUCGUGUUCUUCCUGAGCAUGUACCUGGCGACAUUCCUGGGAAACCUGCUCAUCAUCCUGGCCAUUAGCAUAGACUCCCGCCUGCACACCCCCAUGUACUUCUUCCUCAGCAACCUGUCCUUCGUGGACGUCUGCUUCUCCUCCACCACAGUCCCCAAGAUGCUGGCCAACAUACUCAGCAGUCAGAGCAUCUCCUUCAUUGACUGUCUCACGCAGAUGUAUUUUUUCAUUGUUUUUACAGACAUGGACAAUUUCCUCCUGGCUGUGAUGGCCUAUGACCGCUUUGUGGCAAUAUGCCACCCCUUACACUACACAACAAAGAUGACCCAUCUGCUCUGUGCUCUGAUGGUCUCUGGGUCUUGGAUUCUUGCCCUUCUAAAUGCUCUGUUGCAUACCCUGCUAAUGGCUCGACUUUCAUUCUGUGCAGACAACACAAUCCACCACUUCUUCUGUGAUAUAUCUGCUCUCUUAAGACUCUCCUGCUCUGACACAUACCUCAAUGAGAUGAUGAUUCUUAUUGAGGGGGCCCUGAUAAUGAUCAUCCCAUUGGUUUGCAUCCUGAUUUCCUACAUUUGUAUCACUUGUGCUGUCCUGAGAGUCCCAUCCACACAGGGAAAAUGGAAAGCCUUCUCCACCUGUGGCUCCCACCUGGCUGUGGUUUCCCUCUUCUAUGGCACCAUCAUUGCUGUGUAUUUCAACCCUUCAUCCUCCCACUCAGCUGAGACAGACUCUGCAGCUACUGUGUUGUACACUGUGGUGACCCCCAUGCUGAACCCUUUCAUCUACAGCCUCAGGAACAAGGACAUCAAAGGGGCCUUAGCAAAAGUGAUUUCUAGGAAAUUUUUUUCUGUUCAACAAUGA